UUACAUCUUAGUGUUGUGCUGUUUGAAGAACCGCUGCUUCUGCUUCUACUGAGCAGUGCUCUCAAAAGAAGCGCUGUAUCGAAAUCCUUUGCAAGGGAAUCGGUCGAGCUCCUCUGCUUGCGGAAGUGCAGAUGUGUUGGAGGCAUUGGGCAUCAAUAUCGAUCUGGGCCCUGAGGAAGUGAAAAGGUGUGUGAACGAGGCAAACAUUGGAUUCAUGAUGGCUCCAAACUAUCACCCUGCAAUGAAAAUCGUUAGUCCCGUGAGAAAAAAGCUUAAAGUAAAGACAGUGUUUAAUAUACUUGGCCCAAUGCUCAAUCCAGCGCACGUCCCUUUUGCUGUUGUUGGUGUUUAUAAUGAAGACAUUGUUAUGAAAAUGGCCAAAGCAUUGCAAAGAUUUGGAACAAAAAGAGCAUUAGUCGUUCAUUCAAAGGGACUGGAUGAGAUCAGCCCGCUUGGACCUGGAUAUUUCCUGGAUGUUACUCCUGAAAAGAUUGAGAGAUUGCACUUUGAUCCAUUGGACUUUGGUAUCCCUCGGUGCGCUCUAGAAAGUCUGAAAGGGGGAGGUCCUGAGUUCAAUGCAAAAGUACUUAGGGAUGUCCUCUCUGGUGAGAAGGGGCCAAUUGCAGAUGCUUUUGUUUUAAAUACAGCUGCUGCUCUGCUUGUGAGUGGUCAUGUGAGCAGUUUAGCUGAAGGUGUGGCGCUUGCGCAAGAAACACAACAAUCUGGAAAAGCCAUAGGGACGCUACAAUCUUGGACGGAGCUCUCGAAUGUAAGUACACUAUACAUCUCAAGUUGCCUCUUCCUGAUUUGUCGAGUUUUAAAGAGUCUCACAACCUGUGCUCUCGCAUGUGAAUAUUGCUUGUGAAUAUGGGAUGCAGAGACUCAAAGAAUAAGGGACUCCAUGAGAUUAGUGUCAGAUAAGAAGAUUCGGAAGCCACGAUAUAACGGUAUCAGGAACUGGUUGUCCAGCAUGAGGCCCUGUUGUCUCUUUGAUCUAAUUUCUUUCUUUGAUCCGAGUCUCGUGAAACAUUUCUGCACAGCUGCAAAAGAGCUCUGUAAAAUGCCCGCCCAAAUGUUUUUUACUGGUUAUAUUCUGGACGGUCCACCCGAGUUGAAAUCUGUACAUGUGUUUUAAACUGUUGUUACUCUGAGACUUCCUCUCCAUCCGUCCGCUGUCAUGUUAUUGAACUGUAGAGCGGUCCGCUGUCAUGUUAGUGAACUGUAGAGUGGUCGGCAACGUAAAGGUUUAAUAUGUUAAUACAAUUUCCUCGCUCGUUUUAA